ACUCAUACUGUGCAAACGCCUUCAAAGUCUGAAGACCGAAUAGUAAGGAGGUAAAUACAGGUGUGAUCUAAUACACUGUAUCAAUAUGUGAUGCAGAAUUGUGCUGGUCUGUAAAACGGUAAAACUGUAUUUUUGCUGUGAAUCUCUAGUUACUUGUGACUUUUAUGUUAAACCUUACAUUUACAUUUUAGGAUGCAUUACACAUUACAAGUAACUUCUAAAAACCCAAAUGGGGGAAAUAAUUCACUGACAUUGUUACUGACGUCACCGCUCUGUUAAGCCGGCUCUUACACAGUACCUGUCAGCCAUAUGCGUUACAAUAUUUUGUAUUGUGUGUGUGUGUGUGGGCUAAUUGUGGCCUUUCGAGCUUUGUGAAAUGCAGACGCUUGAUAUGUUUUCAACAUUGUAUUCUAAUGGGCUAUACUGAAUAGGAAAUGUUUUAGUCUUGAUAGGUAACAGACAGCCAUAUUGCCAAACUCACGGUUUGUUUAAUUAGCCAAGUUCCCAAAGAAUGAUUCUGCGGAACCUGGUAGCUGUUGCCACAUCUGGAGUAGGACUAUACUCCAACAUCACAUGAAAAGCUGCUAGUUAUCAAGGAUUGUCACCAAGUGCUUCUCCGUUUUUAACUUCCUGAUUCUGGGACCCCCACACCUCGUCUCAGCAUGGCAACACCUGUACAUGAGAACGUGCAGAAAUACUAUGGGUGUCGUUUGGAGAAGUCCAGGGACUUGCAGACCAACGCCAACUGUGCCCUGCCCAGCUGUCCCGUGCCCAAGAGUGUCCUUGAGGCCCUCAAGCUGGUCCAUCCUGAUGUUCGUGAGAGGUAUUUUGGCUGUGGGCUCAUCUUCCCAGAGAAGCUGGAGGGGUGCAAUAUCCUCGACCUGGGAAGUGGGUCUGGAAGAGACUGCUACAUCCUCAGCAAGCUGGUGGGAGGCGCUGGCCUUGUCAUAGGUGUCGACAUGACGCAGGAGCUGAUCCUGAUAUCACGUAAAUACAUACAGUACCAUCAAGAAAAGUUUGGUUUUGAGAAGCCCAACACUGUGUUUGUUCAGGGAUAUGUGGAGAAACUGUAUCAAGCUGGUAUCCAGGAUGAUUAUUUUGAUGUCCUUGUUUCAGGCUGUGUAAUAUGUUUGUGUCCAGACAAGGCUGCAGUCCUGAAAGAAGCUUACAGAGUUCUCAAGGAAGGGGGCGAACUGUACUUCAGUGACAUGUAUGCUAGCAAGACUGUUCCUGAAAAUGUAAAGCAAGAUGAAGUUCUUUGGGGGGAAGGCCUGGGUGGCUCCCUGUACUGGAUGGACCUGAUAUCACUGGUGAAGGAUAUAGGCUUCAGCAGACCCUACCUUGUUGCUGCCAGCCACAUUGUCAUACGUAACCGUGAACUCUUGGAAAAAACGGGUGAUAUUACAUAUGCAUCUGGGACAUACCGUGUCUUUAAAUUGCCAAAAAACAGAACUAAUGGAAAUGCCAUCAUGACAUACCAAGGGACCGUGUCUGACCAUCCUGACCAGCUGGUGUUUGAUGCCUCUCACACCUUUAAGAAAGGUGUAGCUGUUGAGGUGGAUGCCGAGACGGCUUCUGUUCUCCAGUACUCCCGCUUUUCAUCUGACUUUUCCAUUCUGAACGCUGAUGCUCCUCUGACCGUCCAGGAGAUUUCACCUCCGUAUUCCCACCUCAACCCUUUCCUGCUUGCUGACCGGCUGGGCGCGUCCAUGCUGCAGUGUUCCAAAUCCAGGGCCAGAGUGGCCUGUGAAGCAGCAGUGAACUAGCAGGAGGUCUGCAGAAAGCCCUGGGAGGCAGGAGGGGCAGUGCUCUGUCCAGUUACCCUAGUCACAGCUCCCAUACUUAUCUCUUUGACAAUUUCAGCUUUGGUACUCUUUCUGAAGAUUUCUGAGGCGUGUUUUUUCCUUGAUAUAGUGCCUUUUCCUUCCCAACAGUGAUCUUUACACCAAAGUAUUAACAGAACUGUUUGCUUUAGACUGAAGAGGCAAAACUGGAGCCUAAUACAACCUGCUCACGGGCUGCACUGUCCAGCUGCAGUUUUAAUAAAAUCCAUGAUAGCAACUCAGCCUUUCUUUUCUGUUUGGAAGGAGUGGAAGGGAAAUGUGGCUGAAUGUUGUUACGAAGAAAAACCGAACUCUGAGAAACAACCUACAUUAAACAGGUUCAAAAAGU